CUGCUGUUUCUAGAAAAAAAAAUUUAAGAAGCGGAAGAAGAUGAUGAAAAGAUUCAAAGAUAGAUAAAAGCAGCAUUCUAGAACUGCAUUCUAAAAGUCGGCAUUCUAAAAGCUCACCUGGCCUGCAUCUAUAAGUACGGGAUUUGUUGACGGGAUUCACAUGGCCAGCUUAUGUCAAUCUUUUGUAGUGCAGUAUUGACUGACAUCUGGUUGGUUGCCUGUCUGUAGGCUUAGCUCCGUAUAAAAUUCAUAACGGAAAUAUAUAUCACAAGAUGUAUACAGGAUGUCUCUGAUUUCUAUUGAAUUAUAUCUUGUGAUAGAUUUCUUGUCUAAUUUGAGGAAAUAUAUUUCUCAGAAAUUGAGAAGCUCAAUGUACAAUGUCAACCACCGCACCAACCACUGCUUACGCUUUAUUUGCGCUUUAAAUAGAUAUGAUAGAGCUGAUAGAGAUAGUAUAUCCAAUAUGUGAAAUGGGAUGCUUUGUUAAUGUUGAAGUACAAAAGUUUGGAGAAAUCACAAUUGAUAUUGAAUCCCAUCUGCGCAAGGAAUUAACACGUAACACAGUGGCACAAAAUUUAAUUCUGCUGAAAUAAAUUAAAUUCCCACCGCAUAACAUUAGGAUUCCCGAUGACCCACUUAUGGGUGCGCUUGUUCAGCACCGUGUAUCAUCGGCAAACGCAUUGUGUUCCCUCGUUCUAGCAACAGCUGGCCUCACCACCACGACCGUCACCACCAUCACCACCACCACCACGAUCGCCAUCAGAGCGCUCUGCAAUGCAUGGAUGACACUACUGACCGCAUUACGUCGAGGCAUGUGCGGGAUGUAAAGGAAUGUGGCAGACGGUUGUGCCUUUCACUUCGGGACAUGUAUCUUUUUCGGCGAUCUUGUACCGCAAUGACAGGACCGCUAGACGCACCGUCGUUAUUGUAUCCCGAGGCCAUAAGGACCACGUUUGAAAUCACGCGACAAUUUCUACAUUAAUGAUGUAGCCUGAUAAAAGUGCCAAUUAAAUUUGCAAGGAUACCUGUUAUUUUGCAAAUUGUAGAGUUAUCUGCUUCCUGAAACCUAGAAACAUCCGAUAAUUUGUGUGAGUUUAUCGUCGAUCGAGGAAUCAGCUCCUGUGCAGAAAUGAACAAUUUCCAAACAGAGAAGAUUACAGAAAUUUAUAUAAUUUUUAUAUAAAUAAAUAAAAUAUACUACGUGAAUCUGGAGCAAACACUCUAUUGGGAAAGAUGAAUGAAACCAAAGACAACACUGUGCGAGUGGUAUUUAUAUCCUUGCUGCUGGAUCUUCUAUCAUUUACAAUGAUAUUGCCACUGCUGCCUGCUCUGUUGGAUCACUACAAAGAGAUAGAAAACGGUCAUGGAUUGUAUUCCUCUAUUUUCAGCUAUGUGAAGAGUAUACAAGUGUUCUUUGACGCGCCAGAUAAAGUCAGUACAGUUCUUUACGGAGGUUUUCUAGGCUCUAUGUAUUCUUUCUUACAAUUUCUGGGAUCACCAAUUAUAGGAGCAUUAUCUGACAUUUAUGGAAGGAAGCCGUUAAUGCUUUUGUGCUUAAUAGGCAUUUCACUAUCUCAUCUUCUAUGGGCAUUCUCAACAAAUUUUGCUAUUUUUGUACUGGCGAGAUUCGUUGGUGGUAUUAGUAAAGGAAAUGUCAGUCUAUCAAUGGCUAUUAUCAGCGAUGUCACUUCUCCAAAAACAAGAGGAAAGGCAAUGGCUCUCGUCGGAAUAGCUUUCUCUAUAGGUUUUGUAAUAGGACCAAUGAUAGGGGCAUUUUUCGCAUGGAUCUCGAGUGGUAAUAGAGAAGGCACGUGGUAUGUGAUACCGGCUCUGUUUGCGCUCUUCCUUGCUUUAUGUGACUUAUUUUUUGUUGCUUGCUACCUGAAGGAAAGUCUGCCAUUAAAACAUAGAGCGACUACUCUAGCCAAAGGAUUAUCAGGGGCAAUUUCAUACAUUAAUCCCGCUGAUCUUUUCCAAUUUAAUGGCGUGUCCGACUUGAAUCAGCAAGAUCAGCAAGAUUUGAAGACGCUGGGCCGAACAUAUUUUAUAUAUUUAUUUAUCUACAGCGGCCUAGAAUUUACUUUGACAUUUUUGACUCAUCACACAUUCAGAUUCACAAGUAUGCAACAGGGUUGGAUGUUCCUUGGCAUUGGGCUGAUCAUGGCAAUUUUGCAGGGUGGUUGGGUGCGACACAUUCCACCAAAUCGUACAAAAGCCAUCAGCGAGCUGGGUUUGUGGCUAGUAAUUCCUGCAUUUAUAUGUAUCGGUGUCGCUACCGAUGUGUCACUCUUGUGUGUAGGAAUUUUUCUUUUCGCAGUUUCCACCGCUAUGGUUGUUACUUGUAUGAUGACUCUAGUGACUCGUAUUGGACCAGAACAUCAAAAAGGCGUGAUCACCGGCACAUUUCGUUCUCUCGGUGCCUUGGCUCGCGCUUGCGGACCUAUCGUCGCGUCUACAGCAUUUUGGUGUAUCGGAAGUGCCUCGACAUAUCUAAUUGGGGCUCUACUUCUCACACUACCGCCACUCAUUUUGCACGGCAUGCGUGCUUUAUAAUGUUUGACAUAGUCAAAUGUUAUCUCGCAUAAUCUGUCCUUUUAUCUUCACAAAUUCGCUUUACAGAUAUUUUAUAUCUUUAUUAUAUCAAUGCUCUUCCUACUGUGGUUUUUGAAGAUAUAUUUAUAUACGUUACAUUCUAUAUCUUAUGAUAUUAAGAAAGUGAUAAUUAUUGAACAAUUAAUGCAAAUUUACUUACAUAUAUUUAACGAACAAAG